AUGACGCGCAAAUUUUUCGUCGGAGGUAACUGGAAGAUGAAUGGCGACAAAAAGGCCAUUGAUGGGAUUUGCGCGUUUCUCAAUCAGAGCGGGGAAGCAGCUGAUGUUGACGUUAUUGUUGCACCACCGGCUCCUUACAUCGCAUAUGUAAAGAGCCAACUCAAAGGUUCUAUCAAGGUCUCAGCACAGAAUUGCUAUAAGGUACCAAAAGGAGCGUUUACGGGUGAAAUCUCUCCUGCCAUGCUCAAAGAUUUGGAUGUUGAAUGGGUGAUUCUAGGGCACUCAGAAAGGCGUCACAUUUUUGGAGAGUCAGAUCAGCUUAUUGCUGAAAAGUGUGUCCAUGCUCUCGAAGCACAUGUUAACGUCAUCUUUUGCAUUGGCGAAAAGCUAGAGGAAAGAGAAGCAGGUAAAACGAAAGAGGUGAACUUCCGCCAAAUGCAAGCUUUAGUUGACAAGAAGGUUGACUGGACAAAUAUCGUUAUUGCUUAUGAGCCAGUGUGGGCUAUCGGCACCGGAAAAACUGCAACUCCUGAUCAGGCCCAGGAGGUCCAUCUUUGGAUUCGUGAGUUUCUAAAAGACAAGGUUUCUGCUGAUGUCGCAGCGAAGACCCGCAUUAUUUAUGGAGGUUCCGUUACUGCCGACAACUGCGUAGAAUUGGGAAAGAAGCCUGACAUAGAUGGCUUUUUGGUCGGAGGUGCUUCGCUCAAGCCCGAUUUCGUUAAGAUCAUCAAUGCUCGUAAAUGA